ACCUAGUAGCAGAGGCAGAUUGGAAAGGCAAGCUUCCCAUGGGAUCUUAUAAGUUCAUCUCUGACAUCAUCCACAUAUAAUUCCAUAGACAGUGACAAGGGGAAUCAACAAGUUUGCAGAGUGAGCUGAAGUGCAGACUGAAGGGAUGCUGAAAGCACAGUAAAGUGGUUUGGCAUGGACUGGUUUAUCAGGGGUUUAUUGGAACUUGUUAAAGUGGAAUAAACUUUCAGGUCCAUUGCUGGUAUCUCUCUGUUCACCUGAUCUGCUAGUCCAUCUUUUCUUCUCGAUUGUCUGAGUCCCCUCAUGGGCACCAUACCAGCCAGUGCUAGAAAACUUUCAUCAGACCCAAUCACAGCUUCUCAACCUUGACCAUGGAGAUGAAACAGACAGCGAUGAUGAACCGAGAGGACCUAGAUGAAAAGGACAAAUCUGAAGAGAAUGGCAGGCUGGUGGAUGGCAGUGUUGCUGAGAAAGGGCAGAAACUAGUUUCAGGGUCCACACAGGUGUCAAACGGGUACCCAAGUACAUCAGCUCAGAGCCAGAGGGAAGGCACAGGGGCUGUAGGGGACAAGACAAGUGCUUCAGGGGGAUUCAGAACGCUUGUGGUUCAGCAGACCAGUCUGGAUCCACCCAGGGAGACAUGGAGCAAGAAGGUAGAUUUCCUCCUCUCGGUCAUCGGCUAUGCAGUGGACCUUGGCAACGUGUGGCGCUUCCCAUACAUCUGUUACCAGAACGGAGGGGGUGCCUUCCUGUUGCCUUACCUGCUGAUGGCAGUGUUUGGCGGUGUUCCUCUGUUCUACAUGGAGCUGGCGCUCGGGCAAUUCCACCGCAGUGGCUGCAUAUCCAUUUGGAAGCACAUUUGCCCCAUAUUCAAGGGUAUUGGCUUUGCCAUCUGCAUUAUUGCCCUGUACAUUGCUUUCUACUAUAACACCAUCAUGGCAUGGGCUCUGUAUUACCUGUUGUCCUCCUUCAACACUACACUUCCAUGGACGACCUGCAAAAAUUCCUGGAACACGGCCAACUGCAAGCAGUAUCUGUCUACUGACAGUAACAUCUCCUGGACCAACGAAUCCAUCUCGCCUGCCGAGGAGUUCUAUACACGGAAGGUGUUGCAGGUGCACCUGUCCCCUGGUCUUCAUCAGCUAGGUGCAGUGAGCUGGCAGCUGGCCCUCUGUCUGCUCUUUAUCUUUACCAUUGUCUACUUCAGCAUCUGGAAGGGGGUUAAGACCUCUGGCAAGGUAGUAUGGGUGACAGCAACCCUUCCAUAUGUGGUUCUGUUGAUCCUUCUGGUAAGAGGUGCCACUCUGCCUGGAGCAUGGAGAGGUGUUGUCUUCUACCUGAAGCCUAACUGGGACAAGCUCCUGAGCACUACGGUUUGGAUUGAUGCAGCAGCCCAAAUCUUUUUCUCUCUUGGUCCAGGUUUUGGCGUGCUCCUUGCCUUUGCCAGCUACAAUCCCUUUCACAACAACUGUUACAAAGAUGCGUUGGUGACAAGCUCAGUGAACUGCCUGACCAGCUUCAUGUCAGGCUUUGUGAUUUUCACCGUACUGGGCUACAUGGCUGAGAUGCGGAAGGAGGGGGUGGAAACAGUAGCGAAGGAUGCUGGUCCCAGUCUACUUUUCAUCGUCUAUGCUGAGGCCAUUGCCAACAUGCCUGCCAGCACCUUCCUUGCCAUUAUUUUUUUCCUCAUGAUCAUCAUGCUGGGAUUAGACAGCACGUUUGCUGGGCUGGAAGGAGUGAUCACUGCCAUGUUGGAUGAGUUUCCUCACCUGUUGGCCCGCAGGAGAGAGUGGUUUGUGCUAGGGCUAGUGUGUGUCUGCUACCUGGGAGCUCUGUCAACACUUACCUAUGGUGGAGCUUUUGUCGUGAAACUAUUUGAAGAAUACGCAACAGGCCCUGCUGUCAUCACUGUAGUCUUCCUUGAAGUCAUUGCUGUUUCCUGGUUUUAUGGGACGACGCGUUUCUGCAAUGACGUGCACCUGAUGCUUGGCUUCUCCCCUGGUCUUUUCUGGAGGGUCUGUUGGGUAGCCAUAUGCCCCUGCUUCCUACUGUUUAUCAUUGGAAGUUUCCUGGCCUUCCCUCCUGAGGUGAAACUGUUUAACUAUUUGUUCCCAUUCUGGACCACUGUACUGGGCUACUGCAUCGGUGUCUCAUCUUUCAUUUGCGUGCCUUCCUACAUGGUCUACCACCUGCUCACCACCAAAGGGACCUUCAAACAGCGUCUAAUGAAGAGCAUCACCCCUGAGCCUGCAAACAUUGAAGGCCUGCACAGAGACAUCAUCAUCACCAAUGCUGUGUGAGUGGAGACCCUUCGCCCUCUGCUGGACAUGUAGCACAAGUGGGGAUUCCACCCCGUUCAUAUCCUAGAUCUGCCAAAGGCGUCUCCAUCCCGAACAUGCGAUGGCUGUACUCUUGCAUCCAGUAAUCCAGCUGCUCUAUUCCCCACCAUUCUUAAAUGUGGCAGCAUUCAAAUGUAUGUGUGAGAUAGCAGCUGCCAUAAAGCUAUAUCUAUUGGGUAUUCGAGUAAGGAGUCUGGUAGCACAAAUGUCUUUUUCAGUUUUGUGAUUUUGUGAUUUGUUCCAUUGUUUUAAACAAAUGUACUAGACGUACUAAAGGAAUCAUUAAAUGGGCAGUAUAUGCAGUAUACAAGUCUCACUCUAUUUAGCACUUUCAGAUCAAAUAUGACAUCUGAAUGCAUAGAUCUCCCACUAACUAACUUUUUAGUUUUAUAUGCAUUUGACAUUUCAGGUAGCUUUUACAUUUAUGUAUAUUUAUAAAACCAAAUAUAAUUGGAUUUGACUUUUAAUACUGUUAAAUGUAGAUCACAGCUCCUUAUGCUUCUCAGACAAAAAGAAAGCAAGGUUUGGUUUGUUGCAAUUGUAUGUGUAUGUAUGAGUGGUUGGGUGUAGGUGUAUGUAUAUCUAUUCAUCACACCUCUGAGUUUAUCGAAACUUCACGUAACAAACUUAUUCUGAAGGCUUUAUGGAAUUGCAUCGAUGUAAUACAUCUUCCUUUGCCUCGUUCAAGAAACUGGACCCCAACAGCAGUGGCUUUAUUUUCCAUGUUAUAUGUGAAUGACAAGGUAGCAGAAACCAAAUACUAGUGUGCUUGUUACAAAUGGUUUUAUUAAACCCUAUAGACAAGGUUUUCUUGUGGAGAAAAAAGGGGUGACUGAAAGUGCAACUAUGUACCUGUCUCUUUUGUGAGUGUUGCUGUUUGUGUUUGUCAUGUGACAACCUGUCAACAUCUUGGGAGGACAUAUACGGGUGUGUGAUGUUUGUUCGUUUUCGAAGUGUGUGAGCUUUAAGUAAAUGUAGAAAAGUCAAAAGCCAUGGUUUGAUCUGUUUGUGUGUGUGUGUGUGUGUAUGUGUGUGUGUGUGUGUGUGUGUGUGUGUGUGUGUGUGUGUGUGUGUGCAUGCAUGCAGACAUGAAUGUAUACAAUGAAUUUAGUGUGUGCCUCAAAAUAGUGAUGCCUCUUCCUCUAUAUUGUUCUUGUCUUUACAAUUUACUCUCUAUCAAAUUAAAAUCUCCUGUACUUUAUCAAUGUAUGUCUACAUGACUGUUACAUGAAUACAUAUAGAAUAAAAAUAUAUAUAAAUUAUAUAUGAAAUAUUAGAGAAAUAAAAGUAUAUGUAUUAAUAA